GAAAACUUUUCUUUCUCCUUCGCUUCAAUUUCUCCGGCGAUAUGAUUCGAUUAUGGUCGAUCGCGAAACUACAAAUCAGGAAAGUUUCUACCUCCGAAUCCCGCUUUUGCAGAGACGUUCUCUUCAAUGGAGUUGUCAGACGACAAUUCACGAGCACUAGCGGCGAAAGAAGAACAGUGAUGAGCUUCGGUGACGGAAGCCAUGGCGCUCUUGGUCUCUCAUCAUCAUCGUCGAUUCCAGGCAUGGGAAUGGAUGCUUACGAACCCACCGUUGUUUCUAAUUUGCCUUCCGAUAUCUCUUUCAUAUCCGCCGGACACUAUCAUUCUCUUGCCGUUACAUCUGGCGGUGUGAUUUGGGCUUGGGGUCGCAACGAUGAAGGCCAGCUCGGUCGAAUCGCAAUUGAUUCUAGUAGAGAUUCAAGGAGUGAACCGAAGAAAGUGGAAGGUCUAGAUAAUGUGAAUGUCCGGGCAGCGUUUGCGUCUGGAGUUGUUUCAGCUGCUAUUGGAGAUGAUGGCUCUUUGUGGGUUUGGGGAAGAUCUAAAAGAGGACAGCUUGGGCUUGGAAAAGGUAUCAUUGAAGCUCGAGUUCCUUCGAGAGUUGAAACUUUAGCUGCAGAGCACGUCGUUAAGGUAUCAUUAGGUUGGGGGCACGCACUUGCGCUUACUGUGGAUGGUAAAGUUUUUGGAUGGGGUUAUGUAGCUGAUGGAAGAGUAGGCAAUGUUGGACUUCCACUUGAAGCAUCUCUGUUAGAUUCAAUUACAGAUGGGUCGAUGAAAGGUCAACACGCUGCAGAUUUGAAUCUUGAAGCAGCGGAAAAGAAGGUUGUGGAAGCAAUGAGCAAGGAGAACGAUAUGCCAAUAGCGUGGGAACCUCGUCUGGUGGAAGAAACACGUAACGUGAAGGUAGCAGAUAUUGCCUGCGGUUCUGAUCACUCCUUGAUCCUUUGUCAUGAUGGCACACUUUUGAGCUCUGGGAGCAACAUCUAUGGUCAGUUGGGUCGGUCUAAACAAGACCUCGGAAUGACACCUGUUGACAUAACCGAAUCCCCGAUCUCUAUUGCAGCUGGUCUUGGUCAUUCACUAGCUAUCUGCAACAGAGAUGAAAGAAAGAUUCUCUCAUGGGGUUGGAACCGUAGCCGGCAGCUUGGUAGGGGAGAACCGGAACACCUGCCAAGAGAAGUAGAAGGUUUUGAUGGGGAAAGUCCAGCUUCAGUAUCAGCAGGGCGUGUGCAUUCCUUGUGUGUAACAGAGAAAGGAGAAGCUUGGGUUUGGGGUUGUGGGAAGAAUGGUAGGCUCGGUUUAGGAAGCUCGAGCGAUGAGCCUGAACCAAUGUUGUUAGAGGACAUAGAGGGUUGUGUUCUUCAAGCAGUCGCUGGCUUUGAUCACAGCCUGAUCUUAGUGGCACCACAUAAGCCAAACUCAUCUUCUAUGGUGGAUUCAACCUCCGCACCUAAACGAUACACUCCACCUAACCAAAGGAACCGUUCUUCGAACCGGAGGAGAUCAAGAGGAAGCUUCCAUAGUAAUGAGGGCGAGAGCAGUCAGCCUGUUGCUGUUGGUUUCCAGAGGGAAAACUCUUCUCCAAAGAUUAUAUCUCUAGAGGGCUGCUCUAGGAGUGAAGCUUUUCAGCUUCUCAGUGAUCGUUGGGCAGCUGCAAUGCAUCUAUACAAUGACCCAUCGAUCGAUUUGUCUGAAAGACCGAUGAUGUAUUAUGGUGGGGAUGUGUGGGCAAAUAAGCAAUCAAUGUUGCCAACGGAUUACAGAACCAAAUUCAGUCGUGGAUUGGCUGGUUCCAAGAAUUCUGUUCACAUCAAAUUCACUAAAUACACAAGAGACGGUCUCGAGAGAAACCAAGCCUAUGAUGCGAUACGCAACUACUUAUCCUCAAAAUCAAUGGCUUUUGCAAAGAGACUAAUGGCCAACCUCGUUGGUAAAUUAGUUUGGACGACCAUGGGGCAGUUGAAGGUGUGUUCAAGGUGUGAAGGUGAAGUGGUCUUAAAGUGUGCGGAGAAUCAAUCUGACUCGAACAAGAGUAGGUACUUGACUAGUUUCCACAAUCGGCAUAGAGAGAUUAUCAAAAAUACUUAUCUAGAUCAUGUUUCGAAAGAAGGAAAAGAGAUUGGGUUAAAGAACAGAGAGAUAGUUCACUUUACACUGAUAGUUCAAGUCAAGAUUAUUCCUCUUGGCCAAAGGGAAGGAUAUAGCAACGUUCCUUUUGGUGACCCUGCAACGUUCGAGACUUUGGCUAUGGAUCCGUGGAAGAAAGAAGGGAUUGAGAAGGAUUUAAUUAGUUUCUUGGAGUAUGAUGUGUAUGAUCUUGAAUUGACCACGGUGAAGGAUAACUCUAAGUUGAACAAACUAAUGUUGGACACAACAAGGAAGUCUAUUGAUGUGAUUGAAGAUAUUGAUUGUUCGCUUGAUCUUACGGGACAGAGAAGGGACAAAAAUGAGGAAGAAGAGGAGACUAAAGAAGUCGAGAAGAGGUUGAAGAAAGAAAGAGUUGAUCCGAAAGAGAGAAACGUUACUUUGUCCGGUUUAUUAAAUACUAUUGAUGGGUGUUGUAAUGGUAAGGAGAUGAUAGUGUUCACAACGAAUUAUGUCAAUAAGCUUGAUCGGACAUUAAUACCUAGAGGACGAAUGGACAACCACAUUGAGAUGGUGAAUCUAUGUGAUCUAUGACUGAGGUUGCAUUUAAGUCAUGGAUUUUUUUUGUUUUUCAAAAAUAAGGUGAUGUUUCUUCCUGAUGAUGAUGAUGGUGAUUACAUCUCUUGCUUGGAAAACCUCUCUUUGCCGAGAAGAGAUUAUUGCUUUCGUCAUAUGUUUUAUCUUUGGUAUAAACCGAGAUAUGAACCAAUCAUUUUAUGUUAUUGGCUUUCUCUUUUUAUUCGAGUAAAUUGAAUUCAAAGGG